GAGAACUGGAGAAGUCUCGUUGAGUCGUUGGCUUAACACCGAACCUGCCGCUGCUGUUGAAUCUCUGAUCUUGAAGACAAAGGUAGGUAGGACCCACUGACAAAAUCACGACAACUUUCAAGUUUCAGCUGCGGAGAGAAAAACAUAAUUUGCGUCAAGGAUUCUCUCCAUUGAAUGGCUUUUGUCACCUUUUCUGUGCAGUCAUACUGAAUCCUCAAAAAGUUGGGGACUUAGAGAAUAUCUGACCAAGAUAAAUAUCGAAACUGAGAUUAAAAUCAAGAUCGAGGGAGAGGAGGGGUUAUAUGACGAUGGGAUCAAAGGCCGGAGUAAAACUAUCAGGUAUGCAGAAGCAGGUGUUGUCACUAUAUAGAGGAUUUCUGAGAGCAGCUCGUACCAAAGGCCCCGAAGAGCGCCGUCACAUCGAAUUGACUGUCUCUAGUGAGUUCCGCCGGAAGGCAACAGCUGUGGAUCGCAAGAACUUUGUGUACAUCGAAUAUCUGCUCCGCCGAGGCAACAAGCAACUAGAUCAGCUCAAGAGCCCUGCAACGGUCAGAUUGUCUUCUCUUAAGAUCGUGCCCAACUCUCAAUCCAAUAACAAAACCUAAGCUUUGUUAAGUUCAAAAACUCAAUUCUUUGCAAAUAUUAAAUUUACAGUGACUUUGAUGUAAUGGUUCAAUCAAAUGUUAAAUAGAUAGCAUUUUUCAAA